AUGACAGAGGAUAAGAUGCUCAAGAAGCGCUAUGCCGUCUACAACUUCGACGGGUCCCUCGCUGAGCUGAAGGGAUUCGAGGUAAAGCGCCGUGGUGAGCUUCGGUUGAUCCAGGUCUUCCAGACCGAGGUCUUCCCGGAGUUCUUGAAGGGGGAGAGCAAGGAGGAGGUCUGGAAGAUCGUCGGCGCUAUGGCCAAUCGCUGGUUGGACGUCAUCGAGUCAAGAGGCAGCACGAUGACCAACGACGAGGUGAUCCAUUUCUUCUCUGAGAACAAGACCAUGAGCAAGUCUGUGGAGCAAGCCGGAUCCUACAAGUCCGUGCAGGCAACGACCGUUCGCCGGCUGGCCGACUUCCUCGGCAUGCCUUCCAUGCUCCAG